CACUUGUGUUGUAGGUAAGGUUUAAUGAGACUCCAUUGGGCUGUAAUCAGUGUCAUGUCGGAUUCAUGUAAACUACAACAUUGUAACAAAAUGGCGUCUGUUUAGGUAACACCAGCAGGCAGCAGCGCCGUCAACCCGCAGCCACUCAGCUACAUGAAGUCGAGGUUUGUGAUUCGUCUCUUCAUUCAUUGUAGUCAGCGCUCAGCUGCGGCGUUAAGUUACCGUCAUAAAUUAUUCAGCUGUCUUCCGCUGGAAGCGUAGAUUUAAGCGAGAUGUUUAUUAGCAGGUAAUUGAGUGGGAGCAACUUGAAAUUCCUGGAUGACAUGAUAAUGAUUUUUUUUUUUUUUUGGAAGUGAUGUUUUUGUUUCUGUUUAAUUGAAAUCUGACGCAGAUACGCCGUUGCGUUCUCUAGGCACCGUGGCUCAUUAAACAACUUUGGACCGGCUCAAACGUUAAAGUUGACAAACAACCAAAUUUAAAAGAAAAGGAUUCUGUCUGUUCUGGAAUUUCGCCGAGGUGAUCAAGAUGAUUCUUUUGUACUUUUCUCGUUUGCCUUUCAAUGGCUUAUUUUGAGGAUUCCUUAAAAAUGUGUCAUCAUCUUGGAUUCUCAAGUCCUGCUUUCCUUGGAUUUACAGGAGUGCAUUAAAUUGUUGUUUUGGUGUCGUUACCUUUCUUCAUGCUUUGGAUGCAUUUAGUUAGAUAAAGUGCAAAGACAGAGCUCUAUGGAUAACUUGUUGCUGAAGGUAAUUGUUCAAUCAUGGUAAAACUUGCCAACCCACUGUAUACUGAGUGGAUUCUUGAAGCAAUACAGAAGGUUAAGCGACAGAAGCAGAGGCCGUCUGAAGAACGAAUUUGCCACGCGGUUUCUGCUUCUCAUGGAUUAGAUAAAUUGCUUGUCCUUGAGCAGUUGGAAUUAAGUGUUCUUGAUGGCUCCAUUCUUAAAGUCACAAACAAAGGCUGUGCAUCAUACAAAGACCCCGGCAAUCCUGGUCGGAUUUCCACACACUCGUAUGGAAACCCAUCGGCAUGCUUAAAGGGAUCUAUUAGAGGCUCUUCAGAUCUUCGAAAUGUGGAUUGGAAUAAACUGCUGAAGACGGCCAUUGAAGGCCUAGAUGAGCCCAGUGGUUCUUCACUGAAGAACAUUGAGCGAUUCCUUCGGAAUCAGGAGGACUUGUCGUGUGUGGUGAGCAGCCCGCAGUUCCAGCAGCGGCUCCGUUUGGCAGCUAAGCGAGCCGUUAACAAUGGGAGAUUAUUAAAGGAUGGACCACUUUACAGGAUGAACUAUGGGAAUUUUGAAGGGAUCGGAUCAUCCAAAGCCAGUGCUUCCACUCGCUGCCUCCCGUGUGUAACUCUUCUUCCGCAUGAGAAAGACCAGCCUCGUGCAGAUCCCAUCCCAAUAUGCAGUUUUUGUUUGGGAACUCGUGAGUCCAACCGGGAGAAAAUGCCGGAAGAGCUGCUUUCCUGUGCAGACUGUGGAAGCAGUGGUCAUCCAUCGUGUUUAAAAUUUUCUGCUGAGCUAACGAUCAACGUAAAGGCUUUAAGAUGGCAAUGCAUUGAAUGUAAAACUUGCAGUGCUUGUCGAAUUCAGGGCAAAAAUGCGGAGGACAUGCUAUUCUGUGACUCUUGUGAUAGAGGAUUCCAUAUGGAAUGUUGUGAUCCUCCACUUUCAAAAAUGCCUAAAGGAACAUGGAUUUGUCAUGUCUGUAGACCGAAAGAAAAGGGGAAAGCCCUGCUACAUAAAAGAGCUGCCCAGAUAAAAAGAAGAUAUGCAAAACCAGUUGGAAGGCCCAAAAAUAAAUUGAAACAACUAACCAUGUCUGUAGCCAACUCUGAAGGAACCCUGAUAGCACUGGCAGGAAGGGGGUCACCUGGUAGGGGUCAAAAGAUUAAAGUCUGUACCACACCUUCAUCUGGUCAUGCUGCAUCUGUUAUGGACUCAAGCAGCAGAUUGGCUGUAACAAACCCCUCUUGGGCAGGUGACACGGCCCAACUCACCACCACCACGUUUUUCUCGUCCACAUCCACUUCCUCUAAACUUAAUAAGAAAACCAAAGGUCUUAUUGAUGGCCUUACAAAGUUUUUUACACCGUCGCCUAUUGGCCGCAGGUCCCGUGGCGAAAUAGUAGACUUUUCAAAGCACUAUCUCCCAAGGAAAAAAGGCCCCCAGAAGCAGUCAUACACUUCUCAUUCCAGCAUGGUGGCUACAGGUAUCACCCAAAAAAUAAACUCUCCUAUCAAUGCACACCCACCUCCCCCUGUAUUACCUGGACAGAGUCCCAGUUCGCAGAAAUCCAACAAUUCCACUUCUGCUAACUCACCCCAGAGCUCUUCUAGUCAAUCUAGUGUUCCUUCUUUUGGUAGCCUUCCUAAUAGUAACCAGCUUAAGGGACUUUUUGAUGGACUUUCUCAUAUCUUUACCGCUCAGGGACAGUCUCGAAAGAAGGGACAUCCUAGUUAUGCACCUCCCAAGCGUAUGCGCCGUAAAGCGGACCUGUCUUCCACAUCAAAAUCUCUUUCUCGGCUGCAUGGAAAAAGAGAGAUAAAAAAUAGGUUAGUUUCCAGUUCCUCCUUGUCAUGUUGGGGAAUGUCAAGAGGACGCACUUUUAAGGCCGCUCAUUUCAAGCGAACUUUCUUGAAAAAACACAGGAUGCUAGGCAGAGUAAAAUAUAAAAUGACCCCUCAAAAGGGGACCCCCACACCAGGGAAGGGGAGCUUGGGAGACGGAAGAAUUAUUCCUGAUCGGGAUCAUGAUAACAAUGGCAAGAAAAAACUAAAGACAGAGAACAGCGGUGUGUGUAUAGUCAACACCAAGGACAAUGUUACCGAAGAGGAUGUAGAGAUGUUUAAAAAAGCUCAGAAACUUUCAGAAGAGAAAGUUAGGUAUGCAGGAGCUGCAGACUCUGGCCGCUAUCCUGCAGUAAUUGAAUUUGGGAAGUAUGAAAUACACACUUGGUAUUCCUCACCUUAUCCACAAGAAUAUUCAAGGUUGCAUAAGCUUUACCUUUGCGAGUUUUGCCUUAAGUACAUGAAAAGCAAACACAUUCUUCAAAGACAUUCAAAAAAGUGUGGUUGGUUUCAUCCACCAGCCAAUGAAAUUUACAGGAAGGAAAAUCUUUCUGUUUUUGAGGUUGAUGGAAAUGUAAGCAAAAUAUUUUGCCAAAAUCUUUGCUUGUUGGCAAAGCUUUUUCUUGAUCACAAGACUCUGUACUAUGAUGUUGAACCUUUUCUGUUUUAUGUUCUUACUAAAAAUGAUGAAAAAGGUUGCCAUUUGGUUGGAUACUUUUCCAAGGAAAAGCUUUGCCAGCAGAAGUACAAUGUCUCCUGCAUAAUGAUUAUGCCUCAGUACCAAAGGCAAGGAUUUGGAAGGUUUCUCAUCGAUUUUAGUUAUCUUCUUUCUCGACGUGAAGGUCAGCCAGGGUCUCCUGAAAAGCCACUGUCUGAUCUUGGCCGCCUGUCAUAUUUGGCAUAUUGGAAAAGUGUCCUAUUAGAAUACCUGUAUUAUCACAGAGAUAAACAUAUGAGCAUCAAGGGUAUUAGCAGAGCAACUGGAAUGUGUCCACACGACAUAGCUGCAACACUUCAGCAGCUUCGAAUGAUUGACAGGCAGCAUGGCAGGUUUGUAAUUGUUAGAAGAGAGAAACUGAUCCAAAAACACAUGGAGAGGCUAAAAGCUAACCCCCGGGUAAAUACCGUAGAUCCUGACAGCCUCCAGUGGACUUCAGUCGCACCGUGCAAUGCUGCUUUGUCUGAAGAAGAACGAGAGGCUGAAAUGGAGGCUGAGCGAUUAAUGGAACAGGCAACUUGCUGGGAAAAAGAAGAACAGGAAGCAUUUAAUGUAAAACUAAACAGCAGAUUGGCAUCUACAAAAAUGACUUGUAAAAAUUCAUUAACACGAUCUUCCGAGUGCCUUCCCACAAUUCCAGAAUGGUCAACCUUACAGUCAAAAGAAUGCAGUGAGAAUGAAAAUGAGGAUGAUGAAGAGGAAGAGGAGGAGUCUGAUGCCCAACCAGCUUCUCCUCCUGUUCUUACAAAAGCACAGGGAGUGCUGAACAUAAAGAGAAAGAAGCCAGUGUUACUCAGACGAAAAAGAGGUCGCAAACGUAGACAUGGCAAUAGCAGUGUCACCACAGAAACGAUAUCAGAAACAACUGAGGUGUUGAACGAGCCAUUUGAAAACUCUGAUGAAGAAAGACCAAUGCCACUUUUAGAACCAAACUGUAAGAUGGAUGGAGAAGAUGAAGAUGAGCCAUGUGUUAAGAGAAUGGUCAAUCGUCAUGACCGGCAGAAACAUGUUAAAACUGAACAGCUCGACAAUCAUAACUGCAGAAAAGCUAUUGUAGAGGAGAUGCACAGUAAAGAUGUUACUUCAAUUGGAAGUAUGUUAAAAGGGAGCAUUGAAGACAAUCCUGAGCCUGUGAAACGCAAGAAGGGCUGGCCAAAGGGAGUUAAGCGUGGUCCACCAAAGUGGAGACGUAAAAAGGAAAGGAAAACUGGUUUUAAACUGAACUUGUACACUCCACCUGAAACACCAAUGGAAGCCAACCAGGUCUUGACAGAAGAACAAAAGGAAGAUUUGGAUAAAAUAUCAUCUGUUACAGAAGUAGAUGGUAGCCUCAAAGAAAGUGACCUAAGUGUGACGGAUCUUGGACAACCGCUUUCAGAACCUGCAAGUCCAGACGAUUUACAUCCAAAAAUGAUUGAAGAGAAAUCAAGAAGUGAAGAUAAUUCUGAUAGUAGUGAUGAAUGUUUAGAAAGUCUUGACCAAGUAGAUGAGAACCAAGGUGAGAACCACUCUGAUAAAAUGGAUGAAGAUAUUUCACAGGUUCAUGAACAUGACGAUGAAGAUGAAGAGGAAGAAGAACCAGUGCAAAAUGAAGAUCAUGAUGCUGAUGAUGAAGAUGAUAGCCACGUGGACUCAACAGAGCUAGAGAAGGAAGAAGGUGCACCUGAGGCUCUGACAGAACCCACCGAAUGUCAAGAACCCUGUUUUGAUUUGAAUACUGCAGUGGAAAACGAUGAUGAUGAUGAUAGCAGUGGUAAUAGGAGAGACAUGGAAGUGGAUGAUGAUGACAAUGAGAUCGUUUCUGAGUCAGAGUCUGAUGAUGACAAUAGCCAUCACCUUCAUGAAAAGGAAGAGGAACAAAGUUCUAAAAUGAAAGAUGUGCAUUCAGUUUGUGCAGAAAUAGAUAAUGAGACUGUGCAGGCAGUACAGUCGCUUACCCAGGAAAAUAACGAACACGAGGACAACUUUCAGGAUUGUGUGGAGACCCAGGAGGCCUGUAGGAGCUUGCAGAGUUAUACUCAUGCAGAUCAUAGCCCUCAGAUGACCAUAAUGGAUGACUGUCAGCAGUCGGAUCACAGCAGUCCAAUUUCAUCAGUUCAUUCUCAUCCUAGUCAGUCAGUUCGUUCUGUAAAUAGUCCAGCGGUCUCUGUGCUAGAAAACAGCUAUACUCAAAUUAGCCCGGAUCAUAGUGCCAUAUCUGUGCCAUCCUUACAAAACAUGGAAACCAGUCCCAUGAUGGAUGUUCCUUCAGUUUCAGACCACUCACAGCAAGUCGUCGAUAGUGGAUUUAGUGACCUCGGCAGCAUCGAAAGCACAACGGAAAAUUAUGAGAAUCCUAGUAGCUAUGAUUCAACUUUAGGAGGGAGCAUUUGUGGGAAUAAUUCUUCACAGAGCAGCUGCUCAUAUAAUACGAUCUCCUCCAGUAGCCUUACUCAGAGCAGUUGUGCCGUGACGCAACAGAUCGCCAAUAUCAACGGGAGCUGUAGCAUGAUGCAACAGAACAGUAUCAACUCUCCUCAGAACUGCAGCGUCAAGUCUCCCCAGGGAUGUGUUGUUGAAAGACCACCCAGCAACCAGCAACAGCAAAUGGCUCAGUGUAGCAUGGCGACUAACUUUUCCCCACCCAUGCAGUUGACAGAAGUUUCUGAAUCUGGCAAUCCAAAUAUUGGAAUCUAUGAAAGGAUGGGCCAGAGUGACUAUGGAGGUGGCCAUUACCCACAGCCCUCUGCUACUUUUAGCUUAGCAAAACUGCAGCAACUGACUAACACCCUUAUGGACCAUCCAUUGCCUUAUAAUCAUUCAGCCUCUGUCACGUCCUAUGCAAACAGUGUCUCUCUGUCUUCACAGCUGAGCAACACGGGACUUGCCUCUUUAUCUCAGUCCCCACAUUCUGUGCCUGGAGGACCCCAGGCACAAUCCACAAUGACGCCCCCUCCCAACCUGACACCGCCACCUUUGAACCUUCCACCGCCGUUACUACAACGAAACAUGGCUUCCCCAAAUGUGGGGAUACCUCCCGCCCAGAGACUCCAGACACAGAUGCCCGUCAAGAGCCAUGUGGCAAUGCGUGGCAAGUCUGCACCCCAUCAGCAACAGUUUUAUGGGCGUGCUUCCCAAACAGUAGCCAUGCAAACACCUGCGAGAACAUUAGCCAUGCCACGAAUGAACAUGGGGGUGAAUCUAAUGCCUGCCCCAGCAUACAAUGUCAACUCGAUGAACAUGAAUAUGAACACUCUGAAUGCUAUGAAUGGGUAUCGGAUGUCUCAGCCAAUGAUGAAUACGAGCUAUCAUGGAAAUCAUGCCUAUAUGAAUCAGUCGGCACAAUAUCCUAUGCAGAUGGGAAUGAUGGGAGCUCAGCCAUAUCCACAACAGCCAAUGCAGGGGCCACCACACAGCAACAUGAUGUACUCGCCAGCCAGCCAUCAUAGCUACAUGAACACUGGCAUGUCCAAACAGUCUUUGAACGGCUCAUUCAUGAGGCGAUAGUAGUAGUGGUCGGUCGGUCGGUCGGUCAGUCUGUCUGUCUGUCUGUCUGUCUGUCUGUCUGUCUGUCUGUCUGUCUUUUCUUUUUCUUUCUUUCCGUAUCAUUUUGUAUUUAUAAGUGCAUACUAGCUCACUAUGCCCUGUGUGUUUGUGUGCGUGUGUGUGUGUUUUGUUUUUGUUUUUGGUUUUUUUUUUUUUGUUCGUCUUUGUUUUAUUUAAAACCAGCACUUGGUGUGAAUGCAAAAAAAGUUGCGUUGUUUGGAUAAUAUUUUUCUUUUAUGAAAAGCCUUACAUAAUCAAAACUGAAGAUGACUUUUCUAAAGUAUUUUAAUCAAGUCGUGAAUGCAGCCUAAGUUAUAAGGAUUUUUAAAACGGAUGCUUCAUGAUUGGACUACUUUGUCUGGCUAAUGGAGCUAUUUAAUGUGCCUGCUAUCAAAAUGCGGUUUGGGACGUUGUGCUCUUUUAAUAAGAAGUUCACCAAUGUUGAAUUUGUGUUCCACUCUUCUGCCUUUAUGCUGUAUCAUUUAAGUUAUUGUAUUUUCCCAGUAUGGUGUCACUUAGCAUGCUAUAAAGUCUUUGUUAGUGACAGUGCAUAAGGUAGUACUGUACAAGUGUUGUACUUAAUAGCAAGCCAUUUUAUACAUACUUUGCCUUGAUUAGGUUUUUCCCUUCAACGGGAGUGAGAUGAAACUAUAUUUUUGUUAAAUCUAAGAUUGUAAAAAUUGUAUAACUUAGUCCUGUUUCAGUCAUUACGUUUGAAAGGUUUUAUUGCGAAAUGUGUAAUUCAGUACUUUUUUGUAACAACAGAUUUCCUGAAAUAAGGCAGCUUUCUGUUUUAUAAAAAGAAAAUGGAUUUCUGUCUAAAUAAUGAAGCCUAUUAUCUGUGUUUGUACCAGCACACUUCUGACACACGUCAACGAACAGCUCCAGAAACACGGCAGAAUUUGGAAAGCAUUAAGUUAUUUUAUCAAAAUGCCUUUAACCUUACACUUUCAUUCCAUCUGUAGAUUUUUCUAUCUUUAUAAAAUGUUGGAAAUAUAUUUUACAGAAAUAUAGAGCUGUAGCCUGUGAAUAGACCAAGCUAAGCUAACAAAUCGCAUGUAAAAAGCAAAUUGUAUUUGUGUCUGUUUAUAUUGCUUUUUUGUAGCCUUUGUACUUGUACAGAAUGACUGUUAGGAAUGAAAGGAAAACCUGGGUAAGUGUACAAAAUAGGACAGAGCGAGAGUCUUGUAUUUAUCAGUUCUUUUUAGUCAGUCACUAAAAAAAGACAAAAAAAUCAAACCUUAAAAAGAAAUGCUGUACAUUUUAACAAACAAAAUAAAUUAUGAUGAGCCAUUAUUGUGUCAUUGCAAUCUGCG